GCGUCGGGCUCCCGUCGAGCCUUCGCGUCCGUGUCCCCUGCGCCCCGCCGCUGCCACCCCAAACUUUGGCCAGCACCGCCCGGGCUCCGCGCCAGGCACGAGCCAGGGCCUCCGGGUCCCACGCGGAGGCAACGCGCAGCCGGGCUCACCGGGUCGCGCGCUCUGGCCUGGCGCUGCGAAUGCGAGGUGGGUCAGGGCGCUCACUGCACACCCGUCGUGGCCCGAGAGCCUCGGAUCAAGACCAGUUGACACAGACCUUCCCUCUUUAAGGAGCGAGGAAUUUUCAAGAUGAAUUAUACCAAGUCCAGCCCAUUGGCAGAAUCAACUGCAAUAGGUUUUACACCUGAGUUAGAAACUAUCCUACCUGUGCCUUCCAAUGAGACCACUUGUGAAAACUGGAAAGAGAUACAUCAUCUAGUUUUUCAUGUAGCAAAUAUUUUUUUUGCAAUUGGGUUGGUUAUUCCAACUACUCUUCACCUUCAUAUGAUACUUCUUAGGGGGAUGUUAACUAUAGGAUGUACCCUUUACAUCGUCUGGGCCACUCUCUACCGAUGUGCCUUGGAUAUCAUGAUCUGGAACUCGGUGUUCCUGGGGAUCAACAUUUUGCAUCUUUCAUAUCUUUUGUACAAGAAAAGACCGGUAAAAAUCGAAAAGGAACUCAAAAGCCUCUACCAUCGAUUGUUUGAACCACUCCGUGUGCCUCCAGAUUUGUUCAAAAGAUUAACUGGACAGUUUUGCAUGAUCCAGACAUUGAAAAAGGGCGAGACCUAUGCUGCAGAGGAUAUAACCUCAGUUGACGACCGUCUUAGUAUUCUCCUGAAGGGAAAAAUGAAGGUCUCCUAUCGAGGACACUUUCUGCAUAAUAUUUACCCCUGUGCCUUUAUAGAUUCUCCUGAAUUUAGAUCAACCCAGAUGCACAAAGGUGAAAAAUUCCAGGUCACCAUUAUUGCAGAUGAUAACUGUAGAUUUUUAUGCUGGUCAAGAGAAAGAUUAACUUACUUUCUGGAAUCAGAGCCUUUCCUAUAUGAAAUAUUUAGGUAUCUUAUAGGAAAAGACAUUACAAAUAAGCUCUACUCAUUGAAUGAUCCCACCUUAAAUGAUAAAACGGUCCAGAAGUUGGACCACCAGCUCAGCCUUUGCACACAGCUGUCCAUGCUGGAAAUGAGGAACAGUAUAGUCAGCUCCAGUGAAGAUGAAGACGGCUUACACCAGUUUCUUCGGGGCACCUCCAGUGUUUCCUCUCUUCAUGUGUCACCCCUACACCAGCGAGCCUCUGCGAAGAUGAACCCAAUAGAGGAAGGGGCGGAAAACGAUGACGACGUCUUUGAACCCGUGUCCUCGAAUACGCUUCAAGUUCGUCGCUGGCCUUGAUCCCAAGAGAGGAUUCACGUUACCAAGAGGGAAACUGUCCGGAAGAGAUCCUGAAAAAUACCAGCACUUUUUCACAGCUUUUCAAUUGUUCUGCUUUAAUAUUGAUACUCCCAGCCUGGGAGAGUCUGAGGGCAGGAAAGGGAGGGAGAUUCAAAACAUGGGAAGGUUAUCUUCUCUUUUUACUGGUCAGCUUUCUGUUCCACUGAGCCUUCUGACUAAACUGAGUGCUAUUUUUGAGAGAUAUAUUUUCACAGU